AUGCGGGGCCGCUGGCCGGACGUCAAAGGUAAACUCAUCAUAGUAAUCAGUCAACCGGGGCAAAGCCUGUCAACAGAGGGCUGCCUGGAACUACUGGGACUGCUGGAACUGGAGAGCUGGAGAGCUGGAGGAGGAGGUUCAGGCGGAAAAUACACAUGUCUCCUCCACACUAGCAUCUUCUCUGGAUUCAGUGAUAAAUGCCUUCAAAUACUUAUUUCUUGGCUCGUUGAACUUGAUACAUUGGAUCAGGAAAUGAGUUACCGGGUCAGUUACAAGGCAGUUGCAUGCACCACAUACCUCACUGGAUUUAAUAGUCAAAGUAGCAUCUUUUAA